GGGAGAUCUAAGUUCUGAUCCCCAAAGACUUGACAGAAGACCAACGGGUUAUACCUUGUGUUCUGUGGACAUAUAUUUAUUUAAUUGACUCUCUCUCCAGCCUCCCUGGUGCGGUGGUAUCUCUUCGCGAUGCGAAGAUGGUCAUCCAGCCAGAUCCCACAGGCCAAUAUGGUAUGCGCCGCUUCACCCCGGAGUCUCUGGCGGAGAUCGAGCGGCUCAUCGAGGAGAGAAGGCGGCUUGAGCUAGAGGGCGCCGCGCCCGAACCCGGGCCCCAGGAACCCAACGGGGGGAUGGAGGCCGGGAAGAGCCUGCCCAUGAUCUACGGAGACGCUCCGGACGACAUGCUCAACAUGCCGCUCGAGGACAUUGACCCCUUCUACAAAGAACAGAAAACAUUUAUAGUAAUCACCAAAGGUAACACAAUCUUUAGGUUCAACGCUGAGCCUGCCUGCUACAUUCUCAGCCCCUUUAACCUACUACGAAGAGGAGCCAUCAAAAUACUCAUACAUUCAUAUCCUUUCAGUUCAGAGUCAACGUCGGCUCACUUCAGAUGUCUACUGCCGUGGACAUGCCGGUGGCAUGUAGCGGAAAACUAUUAUUAUAUAUGAACAAUUAUUAACUAUGACAUGAUAGAACUGAUGGUAGGUUUAUGUAGUUUAUCCAGUAGUGUUUUUUUUCUGUUUGAGCCCAGUAUGCCUUUGCUCUUAUAUGAUGUUUGAUAUAUAAAGAGCAAAAAUACAAACGCAACA